AUGCACAGUAUACUGCAACCAAUGCCCCAACUCACCACUCACAACACUGCGAACGCGGCCACAAUGACCGCUCCCAACCUUGACUACGACAUUCUAAACAACAUGGACUACCUGGACGACGUCAACUACGACGACUUUGUCCUAUACCCCACCAGCGACGCCGAUAUUCGCAUGGGCGAUGAUCUGGUCUCGAGGUUCUUUCCCGAGUUCGAUUUCAACCCUCAGUCUUCACAUUCUCCGACUCCAUGCUCGCCGGCAUCCCGCACCUCAAAUCAAAUGUACCACUGUACUGACUGCUCCGAAUCUUUCCGGCGCCCCUGCGACCUCAAUCGGCAUCGCCUCAAACAUGAUACUCCGUUCAAAUGCGUGCAGGAAGGAUGUGGCAUGGCAUUUUCGGAGAAGCGACGAUGCAAACAACACGAGAAGCGAAGACACGGACUUGUCACCGAGCAUGACUUCAAAAAAUGUAGCUUGUGCGACUACAAUUCCAUCCGUCCCGAUGCGGUCAGGAGGCACAUGAAACUAAAACAUGGCGUCCACGUGAGUUUCAGGUCCAAGGAAUCACCAGCCAGCAAUAGCAGCAAUAGCAGCAGCAACAGCAGUACCGUGUCGCCCAGGAGUUCCGAGCCAUGA